UUAUGUAUAAAUUAUUUAAAAUUUACAUUUACUGGGCUUUCAUCCUAGGCUCUUCUCUUUUCUUAAAUGAAGAACCUUUUCCCUAAUAGACUGCCUCUCGUUUGCCACAAAAUAACUGCAGGAGCUUCAGCUAAUUUUUUCCAGAUGAGUGUUCCCUGAUUUCCUGCUCCCUGCCGUUUGCCCCAAACACUUCAUUUUAAGAUCCAAAUCUUGGUCUCGCUUGUAUCCUUUCACCGGAGCGUUCUACUUUAAUCUUGGGAGUUCCUGCUCACACUACCCUGCUUUAUCUCUAAUUUUAUUCCACGCCUGUUUGGCGUAGGAUCUUUGCAGGGUACCAGAGAGCAAACAAAUCUUCCCUAAUCUUCUCCACCCCCAUCCCAAAGGAACCAAAAAGUUACAUUUUUCAAAUGACAUCUCAGCAACAGAGCGAACAGUUCCCUUUCUGGAUCUUUGAAGAGAGCUUAAUUGCAUGGCAAGAACUACAUUAAGAAGUGUAACAUAGUAACUUCCCUGUAAGAGCGGGUGGGUAAUGAUACCUUAAAUAGAACAAACUUCUGCUGGCUGGCUUUUGUGCAAGAACUAAUUCUUUCAGGUGCAGAUCUAUAUAAAACCCAGAAGGGACUGGAGGAUGCACAGGCAGCUUCAAACUUGUUCUGGUGCAGAAGCUUUUUGUGUGGGUAUUUCCCAUCUAGCUAGGUCACAUUAUGGAUGUGUGUUCAAAUUCUGCUAAACAUCCUGUGUUGCUUAAAGAAUCAAAAACAGAAAAUAAGGACAAAUCUCAAGUCAAAUUUCAAGAAAAUGAAUUAAUUCCUAAGUUACAGGAGAAUGAUGUUUAUUCCCAAGCUAAAGAAGAAUGCCCUGACUCUAGAAAAGAUUUCAAUGACACAGGAUCCUCUUCUCUUCCUAGUAUCCAGAAAUUUCUUCCUAUAAAUUAUAACAGUUAUACUAAGGAACAUUAUUCAUAUGCAGGCAAGAAUAUUAUAAUUCAAGAAUCAAUAGAGAACUACGGAGCUGUAGUGUGGCCAGGUGCUGUAGCUUUGUGUCAGUAUUUGGAGCAACACAGUGAAGAACUCAAACUUCAAGGUGCUGCAGUCAUUGAAAUUGGGGCUGGACCAGGCCUUGUGUCAAUUGUGGCUAGUUUAUUAGGAGCACAUGUGACAGCAACUGAUCUUCCUGAUGUGCUAGGAAAUCUCCAAUACAACAUUUUUGAAAAUACACACCACUGUAAAGUACACCAACCUGAAGUGAGAGAACUGGUAUGGGGGGAAGAUCUUGAACUGAAUUUUCCUAAGUCAUCUCACUAUUACGAUUUCAUUUUAGCUACUGAUGUGGUGUACCAUCAUUACUUUCUGGAUAAAUUGUUGACCACAAUGAUACAUUUAUGUCAGCCAGGGACAGUGUUGCUCUGGGCAAACAAAUUCAGAUUCAGUACAGAUUAUGAAUUUUUAGAAAAAUUCAAGGAAAUUUUCAAUACAACACUACUUGCUGAAUUUCCAGAGUCAACAGUCAAGCUUUUUAAAGCAACACUAAAAUGGGACUAAAGUAAAAUGGGGAAAAAUGUAUCAUACUAGCAUGCUUUUUAAAGGAAAAGCUGAUGCACUGUAUUUUAGGCAAAACGGAGAACUUAAAUUUACAUGAGAACUCAAAUUAAGAUGAAUUUAAGUUAAGUUAAGCUUUGGAGACAUACUUAAGUCCAGAAACUAAUGUUAUGCCAAAUUUUAUAUGUAUAUGUCUCUAUAUAAAUACAUAUCUAUAUAGACACAUCUCAAAUUUUAUAGUAAAGAAAUCAUAUUACAUACUUUGAAAUAGUAAUGUUUACUUUAUAAUUCACAUUACAAGUACAAACUCACCUUAUUGAACUUACUCCCAUAUAUUAGAAACAAAUGCCCCCAAAUUAACUGAAUCACAACUUAUACUUUUUAAAACUAUCUAAGAAACGAAAUACCAAGCAAAGAUAUAACCAACAGUUUAAUAUAAAACCGAAUUCUCUGUAAAUUUGGCCAGAAUGUGGUCAUAGCCUUUUGAAACCACAAAUCCAAAGCUCUAAAAUCUACAACUUUACACUAAAUUUGUAGUAUAAUGGACACAUACUUAUGUGUUAAAAGAUGCAUUUACUCAAUAACCUAAAUUUAAGACAAUUCUGAGUAAUUAUUAAGAUUAAUGCAAAACUCUUAGAGCAAUGAAGGAUUUAGGGAGAUAAAGAUAGCUGCUAGGGACAAUUAGGCUUUUAAUUAUGAUGUAACACCAGGUUUUACUAAAUUAGUAUACUUUUGUUACUUUUAUUAGAGGUACACUAAAAGCUUGGUAUUACAAGUUUUGAAAACAUUAGCUUGAAAUAGUCCUUUCAUUAUUCAAUAUGCUGUA